AUGGGCUGGAGUGUGAACAGGAGCUGGUGUGAACAGGGACUGGAGUGUGAACAGGGCCUGGAGUGUGAACAGGGCCUGGAUCCCCCUGAAAUCAAGGAGAUCCUACAUCUGGCUACACUGAACGAGCUAGAGGUCAUUCCAUUGGUGCAGACAUUUGGACACAUGGAGUUUGUGCUGAAGCACGAGGCUCUCGCUCACCUCCGAGAAGUAGCACUUUUCCCCAACACCCUGAACCCCCACGAGGCGGAGUCCCUGGCGCUGGUGGGAGCUAUGAUCAGCCAGGUCAUGGAGCUGCACCCGGGUGCCCGGUGGCUCCAUGUCGGCUGUGACGAGGUCUAUUACCUUGGAGAGGGCGAGGCCUCGAGGCAGUGGCUGCAGCAGGAGCAUAACACCAAAGCAAGACUGUGUCUGUCCCACAUAAAGGCGGUGGCCUGCCACGUGCUGGCCCGGCACCCUGCCACGAGGCCCCUGGUGUGGGAUGACAUGCUGCGGGCCAUCCCCGAGGACCAACUCUCAGCAUCGGGGGUACCACGGCUGGUGGAGCCCGUGCUCUGGGACUACGGGGCCGACCUGGACGUCCACGGCAAAGCUCUUCUCAUGGAAAAGUACCGAAAGUGUGGUUUUCUCCGGCUGUGGGCUGCCAGCGCCUUCAAGGGGGCUACGGGGGCAAGCCAGGCCCUGACCCCCAUCGAGCACCACCUCAGGAACAACGUGCAGUGGCUGCAGGUGGCGGCCAGUGGGCCCGCGGACAUGCUGCAGGGCAUCGUCCUGACCGGCUGGCAGAGGUACGACCACUUCUCCGUGCUGUGCGAGUUGCUGCCCGUGGGAAUCCCGUCCCUGGCCGUCUGCCUGCAGUCACUGCUCAACGGAGGUUUUGCCGAAGAUGUUAAAGCAAAAGUGGAGAACUUUCUUGGGAUUUCUAACCUAGAAAUAACUGAUUUUACAAGUGAGGGGGCCGGCUCCUUCCCUGGCAGCGACAUCCUGGCCCUUGUCACGCAUGUCGGCCUCCACCUGCGCAGCUCUGUGGACGCGCUGCUGGAGAGGGACAGGUACGUGACCGGCUGGUUCAGCUCCUACCACCGCAGGCGGAAGCUCAUCCACCCGGUCAUGGUCCAGCACAUCCAGCCCCAGGCACUCAGCCUCCUGGCCAGGUGGAGCACCUUGGUGCGGGAGCUGGAGGCCGCCCUGCAUCGCGUCUUCUACCCAGACACCGUGGAGGAGUGGCUGGAGGAGAACGUGCAGCCCAGCCUGAGGCGGCUACAGGGUUUGCUACAGGACCUCAGAGAGGCAGCCAGCCCCAGGCAGCUCGCAGCUCAGGACCCCUGAGGCGUGGGGCCAGGCACCCCUGUCCAGCUGUGUCCGGCCUCCCACUGUACCCGGGACCACCUGCAACAGGCCACACCCGCGGUGCAGACAUUUCUCGCUGGGAAAGAUGAGUGGGAAAUGUCCAAGAAGGACACACACUGAGGCCUGCUUACUGAUCCGCAUGUAGAACCUGUUGGCUUGAAAUAAAAAGGAGAGUGGGAGCUAGAA